AUAAGUUGGGAGCCAAAGGUUUACUGGAUAAUAGUGAAACCACAAUUCGGUUGUUGCUUCUAAGUUUCUUCUAGCUCCUUCAAAUUCCCAUAUAAUUUUCUAACAAGGAUUGUAGAAAAUGGGGAGAUCUAGUCUGGUGAAGGUAUUCAAUUGUUUCUCGCUUAUGAUCUCUGCAAACACUUGCAUUUGCUCGAACACUUUGGAGGAAGAGGAAGAAGCAGAGAGGAGAGCUCUACUCCAGAGCGAGGUCCUAAAGUUUAAGGAUGCUUUUGAUGGUGCGAAGACACUUGCUUUCCACUUGGAACCCAAGACAGUAGUACUGAGAGUAUCCAUGCACUGCAGUGGCUGUGCAAGAAAAGUCCAUAGGCACAUUUCAAAGAUGGAAGGAGUUUCGUCGAUCGAGAUGGACUUGGAGAGCAAGAAAGUGGUGGUUGUGGGCGACGUCACGCCAUUUGAGGUCCUGGAGAGUGUGUCCAAGGUCAAGUUUGCAGAGCUGUGGUUGAGCCCCCCUCCACAUGCAUUCUGAGCUGGAUCUGUGAACAGAGAAACACCAAUUCAUGCAAACCAUUGGAUAGUCCAACAGGAACUUGUAUCAAAUUUAGUUGGAAUUCAACAUUCUCCCGAUAUAUCACUGUUGCCUGUUCGCUUAAUCCUCAGGUUGUAUUUUGAUUGUACCCUUUGGUGAUGAAGAAGAAGCCAUUUUAAGAUUUGAUCUCUUCUAUUAUUCUUUGUUUUUCUAGAAGCCCAUAAGUUUGCUGACAAGGUUAUAAAUUAUGAUAUUAUUGGGUGGUGUGUAAAUUAUUAUUGAUACGGACUGAAGAGAGCAGGAAAUGAAGGAUUCCUAGCAGCAAUAGCUCUGGUGCAGGGUACUCGGGGGACAAUCUGGGUCAUGUUUUCAGCGGAGUUGCUGGAAAAAGACUAAUUUUAGCGGGUCCACUCAAAUGUGCCAUUCGAGGUGAGGAUUGAUCAUUGCUAGAAAGAAUGGAUAAAAGAGCUGCAAGUGCAACCGCUGCAAGCUCAUGAGGAGAUUGCGAGCUUGUGACUAUGAACUCGCGGUGGCUUGAUCGAGAGAUUGCGAGGAGAUCUAUUGUGUUGUUUUUGGGGCCUAAUAUUUAUUUGGUCCAUUGAUUUUUUUUUGGUAAAAUUAAAUAAUUUCACAUUGGAAGUGUCGAAAAU